CAAGACAGAUUCCACGUAGUUCCUUAUCAGCUAUAAAACCAGUCCCUACGAAUCUUGCCUUCUGUUAAUCUGUUGAAGUUCAAAAUGAGAGGCUUACUUAUUUGUCUUGGUUUGGUUUGUAUCUUGAGUGUAGCAUGGGCAGCAACCCAUUGUUUGACUAAUGCAGAGUGUGGAACUGACGAGUGUUGUUUCAAACAUGACGGACCAUUCCUUGUCAGCAAGAGGAAGCGUGCCUCCUCAGACCUUCUUGGUCCGGCCAUACACUCCUCCACUGGUGUCUGUGAGAAGUUUAAGUUAGAGGGAGAGUACUGCUCAUGGCUGGACACUGCUAACGGUCACUGUGGCUGUCAGGCCGGUCUUCAGUGCAGAUUUGUGGAGGACCCAAAUGCUCACUUUGAGCCAUUCGUUGUAUCUAAGCGUGGUGGAGUCCGAGGAUCCAUUCAAUGUGCACAGCCACUGACUACAACAGCAAUGCCAUAAGAAAAGAAAUAUUAAAAUCCUUUAAUAAAUUAAUAGUUUUAA